AGUUUCUGCCCGACUCACCUGAUCGUGAGGAUGACGAGAAGUGGUGGAACAGUGAGACAUGGGAGUCCCCCCCGCAGUCGGGCACUCUGUGGGGCCGCGACUGGGACAUCCAGUCCGACUUCGUUCUUGACGUUCUCCGUUGGGAGCGGCGCAUGAUUGGUGUUGGCGAGUGUCUCUCCCACGUGGCGACGGCACUGGAGCAGCUGCAUGCCGGCAUGGAGGCGCGGAAAUUCGUGCUCCGGGAUCCUUAG